AGGCAGAGCGCAUGUAGGGGAGAGGAGAGGGAAGCGGAAUCAGGAGGAGUGUUUGUGCAUGUCGGCAGACUGGAGAGAGCGGAGACACUGACUGUUAAAGGGGGGCGUAGGGAAGCGGGGAUCAGUUGGCUUGGGAGGUGCAGGCGCUGUGACCAGUUGUGGAUGUAAACUUUAUCAUCUGUGGGGAUAAGCCGGCACAAGCUGAAGAACGGGAUUAUCAUGAGUGUCCUCUGAAUCCAGCAGGAUGCUGCAUCUCCACCAGGGGAAAAACUGGCCUUGGCUCGACUGCAGAGGGAAGUCGCGCGGACCAAGAGCGAGGGAACAAUGCGAGAAAAGCUGAUCCACGAGCUAGAAGAAGAGCGCCGCCUGCGUCUGGAGAGCGAGAAGCGUCUCCGGGAAGUGACGGAGGAAUCCGAGCUGGGACGGGCGCAGAUCGUCUGCCUGCAGCAGCAAUUCUCCAGGAUGGAAGAGACGGUGCGGUCGCUGCUGCAGAAUCAGGGAAUCGUGGAACCGACUGCGGCAGACACGGCGGACAUCAUGAAGGCCUACAAAGAGAAACUCUCAGAGGAAGUCCACAAGCAGCAUGACUGCCCAGAAAAGACCAGCCCCCUGCCGGCAACUCAGACUGGGCAGGAAUCUGUGAUGCCGCUGCAGGCCGAUGCCAGCCAAACUGACGAGGACGAUGGCAGAACCAAGCUGUUGUUGGAACGCCUCAAGGCCCUGGAGGAGAGGAACUCGGUCUUGGCCUCGGAGAACGAAAGCCAAAGAGAGCAGUACGAACGUUGCCUGGACGAGGUUGCCAAUCAAGUGGUUCAGGCGCUGGUCACCCAGAAGGAUCUGAGGGAGGAAUGUCUAAAGCUGCGCACUCGGGUUUUUGAUUUGGAGCAGCAGAAUCGGGCACUGGGCUUUCUGUUCCAGCAGCGGAUCAAGCCUGCGUCGGACCUGCUCCUCCAGAAACUCCAUUCACGAAUCAUGGAUCUGUCUGCAGCUGACUUGCUCCAGGAACCAGAGAGAAGCAAAGCCUUUUUACUGGCUAGGAACACAGAUUCUCCUUCGACUGAGAUCCAGAUGAAUGGGAAGUCCGGUCUGCCCAUCACCAAGUGUCUGAGCCAGCUGAGUCUGACGGCACAAGCGCCAGCCUACCCACGCAGCAGCUGUAGCAGCAGUGAGUUGUCUUUGUCGAGUGCAUGCAGCGAGCUCUCCAGCGGCUCCUACACCUGGAAUGAUGGACGCUCCUGUGGGAAAGCGCAGUCCUCCCUCACAUGGGAGAAGAGGCGAAGUUUGGGCUCAUCUGCCCCAAGUAACGUCAGUGGGCUGGUAGAGGAGCAGAUGCCCACCAGGCGCAAGGAGACCAACAUCCUAGAGGGGCUGAGAAAGCUACAGAGAAGAAAGCAUAAAUCCUCAUCCUCUUCCAGAGUCUCCAAGUCUGGCUACAAAGACUGCAUGAACUCCAAUGAGGGCAUUUACUCACUUGGUAUCAAGAAAGGCAAGAAAGGGCUGUCCAAGCCCACCCACACGGGAAGAGCUUCUGCUUUUGUAGGCAAGAAGUUCUUGUAUGAUUCCGAUGAUGCAGAUGAUGAGCUUGCACAAUCUGGCCAUGUAGAUGACGUCCCCACUAAAGACAGCUGGUUGUACUGCACAAGGCUCUCCCACAGCAUCUCAGACAGCCUGUCUAGCUGGGAGGGAUUCCAGGAGAUUGGAGGUGGAGGCGACAGUAGUUCAGGCCUUGCAGCGACAAAGCCCCCCACUGCGAUGGACUCAAAGGAGCGUCCUGAGAAACUCAUGAGUUUCAUCAACAGUUGCCUUUCUGAGGCCGGGCGGCCGUCAGCUUUCACUCGAGUUUCGACGCUGCAUGUGACCCCUUCAAAACCAGACACCUCGAAUUGCUUGUCAGAUAUGGACGAUCUAGAAGAGCUCAGCUGUGAUUCUAGAGACUUGUGGACACCCUUAAGCCAACAAGUUGAGCAAAAAGAGAGGAUUUCUAGGGAUAGUGCCAAGCUAUUCAUCCCACAGCGCUUGCAUAGGGACCAAGGACGCACCCAGUCUGCAGACGGGCGACCAGAACCUGUCAGCCUAAUUAAGGAAGCUAAAGCGGCCAAGAGUAUGUCUGAGGAGAGCAUCUUGGCAGUAUUUGAUGCACAGGGACAGCCGAUUGAACUGAGUCCUCAGAAACUUGACAAAAGCGCUAUGCCUGAAAUUGGUGUUCCGCUUGGUAAAGUGGUGGCCGAAUACAAUGGACUAGCCCCCCAGGAGAUGCCAACAAGACAGAAACCAUCAAAUCCAGGAAACUAUACAGUUGUGGAACCAUCGGAAUGUGAGAUCAGGACAAGCAAAACAAACAGCAGGGGGGGAAACACAGAACGCUUGUCAAUGCAGCUAACUCCCCAGAAGAAGCUGAUCAAACCACCGGGCGGUCGAGCAAGUAAAGGACAUUCUAUCCCCCCCUUUCAUGAGUCUACCAGUACUAAGUCUGGUGGUGUAAAACUACCUGGUUACAAUAAACCUUACUCAUCCCCAAUCAGAUUGUCUAAGGGCACCACCACUGAGCCCAGUAACAGUGGAAACUCAGGAAGUCCUGGUCAGGAAAAAACACCUCCACCUCCAACAACUAAAAUGUCCAGGUUCAUGAAGAGCUCACAGAGCCCCAAGGUGGCCAACUCCAAGUUGCAGAGCAGGGCCGAAUGGAGUAAGGGCUCGUCUCCUAGUUCGCCUAAACUCUCAAGGAGACAUGUGCAGUACGCUGACAACGGUGAACAGCCAACCAGAGACAAACACUGUGAAAGCAUCAAAAACAAACUCAGGUCCCCUUCGCCACCCCUUCCUCCUGGCCGCACCACCUCUUUACUGAUCAAACCAAAUUAUGACGGGUCGCCUCAAGCACAUAAAAUAGGGGUGGCUCAGCCAUCCAUCCCAACCACUGUGAGGGGCCCUCCCCCAAGUUACCACACAUCUCUUCAACCAAAUAUGCAAGCUACACUUCCCAUUAAAGAUAAAGAGUGUUUGGAUACGGAUGCGGGCUACGGGACUGCACUUGCACCUCAGAAACUGGUUGACAAAACUAGUCAGCACCUUCAAAAGUCCCCGGCCGAGACACCUUCUACAGGCACUCCCAAGCGUACGAUGACAAAAGACUACCUCCCUCCCGCAAACUCAGGACUGGACCUAGAUUCCGAAAAUGCACCUAAAAACUCAAGGAAUGUCCCUCCUCCUUACGGCGCCCUCAGAGGACCCCAUCUUCACAACUCAUUUGUAAGCAAGAGAGGAUCUAGCCAUGAAAGCGACUAUCAGUCUGUGCAAAAGCCCCAAGUUCACUUAGCUGUACCAGUCAAGGAAGCUCCUCAAUCUAAAACAGAGCUACAAAAUGCUAAAAAUGUCGCCAGCCCACCAAACUCGGUGACCACAUCACCUAAUUCAGCGGAAAAUAGCCAAAAGACUCGCAUCCCGAUGGGUUUCAAAGCAUUUUUGAAAUCACCUCCUACUCACAAAAAUAGUCCCUCUUUACCAGCAAAGCAAGAAAAAGAUCAUAUCAACUUAGUCUCCAAGGAGAACGUGGCUGCAAAUGCCUCUAGCCAGUGUGACAUCUUGCAGCCUUCGUAUAGUAUCGAUUCCCCACCCAAGAUGUCUCUUCCAGAGGGGAAAAGUGAGGUCCACUGUCGGUCACUGGAGGGAGAAAUAAAUCCCAUUCUGACAGCGGAGGAGGAGGAUGUCUGCGAUAAAGGGAAAAGGAACAGUCAACUCUUCUCUAGAUCCAUAUCUGUCAGUACCAAAACCCAUCUAAAGCCAGCCUUGGGAAUGAACGGGGCCAAGGCCCGCAGCCAGAGUUUCAGCACCAACUGCACUGAAAAGCCCCACAUUAAUGUUCUGGAGGGCCCAGGAAAAAUCAGAACUCAGAUUAUCACCAACUCAACGGAAAGAGGGAAUUCUCUGUCUAGACAGGCUUCCUUAGAGGCACCCAGUGUUGCUGGACUAGCAGAGAGUCCUGUCCGUUCUCCCAGGGCAAGGCUCAGCUACUAUGGAGGUAUGACUGGGGUGAACAAUCUCGAUGGACUACCUGAGAAAACUUCCAAGUUAAGCUUCAAAUACGAUGGGCAUCAGUCCACUGUGGAGGGGGAGACAGUAACCCCUCACAAGGAGGCACAUGGUUUUCCCACCAGUGAAAAGACUGGUCUGAAUCACCAAUCUGUAAACAUCUGUAAGUCUGGUAAAGUCACCUCCCAGUUUCAGUCUCCGGCGUCCUGUCCUUAUGGCUCAGAAAACCGUGUUCGAAAUGCAGGAGUCACUGCGAGCAGCCCUAAUGAGCCAGAAUUUAGCUCAGAGGUAAAAACCCAGUCAGACUCGCCAAACAAACCCCCAGAUAUGGAGGAGAAAAGAAUCAGCCCUUCGGCCUGUACUAUUGAAGAGAAGGUCAUGAUGGGAAUCGAAGAAAAUCUGCACAAAUGUCAAGAGCAACAGAAGGUUGCAGCGAGUGAGUCUAAACAGAAGACGGGUCCCUCUCUGGCAAACUGGUUUGGUUUCCGGAAGAGCAAACUUCCAGCUAUGACUGGAAAGAAAGCAGAGUCACCAAAAGGAAAAGAUGAGAGGAAAGAACUGAAGAUCGGAUCAGUGCUUGCAGGCAAACAGACCAGGGUGGACAAGAAGAAGGAGAAGAAGAAGAAUGAGAGUCAGGAGGCACAGAAACAGUCUGAGAUGAAUAACAAGCUCAGCUCCAUCAUGGACCACUGCAACAAUCAAAUGGGCCAGAUUGCCACUCAGAUCCAAUGCACAACAGCGUUCAUUGGCAAGGACCAGUUUGUGAAGGAGCUUCUUGGCAGGGCUGCCGGAAAGAGCAACUCGGUGGUUGGCUCUCCAACUGGAAUCUCCAGCCCCAGGAAACACACGGAGACGAAGGGCAAUAUGAAGAUCUGUCCAGACGCUGCAACCCUCCUCAUUAGUGAGAAGAGCAACCUCAGAGGGGACAACAAAGAGGGGCGGAUGGCAGACAACGGCUGUCAAGACCACGUGAUGGGCACCGGGUGUCAGAUGAGAACGCUGGACAGCGGGAUCGGCACCUUUCCUCUCCCCGACUCGGUCACCCGAGCUAGUGGUCGCCACAUCCCCAAAUCUGAGUCGAGCCCAGAUGGGGUGACCGCCCAGUUCCAGGCAGAGUCUUCCUCUCCUCAUACAGACCCCUCACAAUCCAGUGUCAAAGUGCCUUCCCUUCCCAAAUCCCCCCUGCAUGCUCCUGCCAGCUUGAGUCACUCCCUUUCCGACCCAUCUGUGACCUAUGGUGGUGACGCCUCGGACGCCCAGACUCGAUUGCCCCAACCGUCCCGUGCCAGUCGGACCAAGAGGCUAAGUCUCUUCACCCCACAGAGCAGCAUCUUGUCCUCCACUGAGGCCAUAGAGGAUGAAACCGGGAGGAAGAAUGAUGGUCCUGCUGAGAGAGCCUUGUUGGUUUGCAAUAUGUAUUCGGGCAGCAGCAGUGGCAGCGACACCGAGACAGAGCUGGAGCGACCCAGGAGCACUUUGAGUCCGCUCCAAAGGCCGCGGAUCAACCGCUGCCAAACGAACGACGCAGCAGCCGAGAAGACACUGAGGAGGGGCAGUAUGGACAGCUCCCUGUCCAUCAUGCACUUCUACCAGCAGGAGAUGUUCUCUCACCUGGCGGAGAACAGCAACAGGAUCUGCGACUACAACCUGUUGUGCAAAGACACGCCCCUUCCAGCAGGAGACAUACUCAGCAUGGAGGUUUCGCUGGAGAAAACAGUCGUUGGCGCCAACAAGCCGGGCUCCCUGGAAGACGCCAUGGAGUCCCUCAGCAAUCUCAGUCGCAGCAGCAUCCGGAAAGAGGCCGCUGCUGACGGCGGAAGGCCUGACGCGGUGGUGUGCGAGCCGUCCUCCAGCAAAGCUCGGGCUGAUCCAACGGGCUCCCUCAGCGACUCGCUUUACGACAGCUUCUCGUCCUGCACCAGCCAGGGCUCCAAUGACGUGUGACGGGAUUAUUUGUGAUUAUUUGGAUGUCCGAGGGUUGGAUUUACUGACUGCCCCGCGGCCUUGAAGAAUCACGUUUGAUUUGGGGGUGACUGCAGGCCUGCCUCCCGCCUAUCCGUGAAGAGCUCAACAAAAAGCACUUAGAGGAGGGCAGCUCACACCAGGACGAAUGUAGUUUGAUGGUAGAGACACACCAAUCGUUGCAACUGGCGGAGACCUGUUGUGUUUGCACUGUACAGUUCGGGGGGGCGGUGACCAUACUUGUGGUUUCUUUGGAUCCUCCAAGAAGUGUAGCCUGCUAUUACAUGUAGUCUGGAAUGAUACAUUGGAACCCACGACACAUUGAAAAAGUGGCCGCUUAAGGACGGUCAACCACUGUUGUCGCCAUCUAUUUCGAUACAGUAUGUCCCCAGGGGUGAUUUCCAUGACAUCAUGUAGCAUUGUCAACUUCCUCCUUAUCGCUAAGCACUGGAAGUGACAGCAGCAACAAAAAGAUUGCCUUAGUCACUUAACAUGAGCUUCCUGUUCAGUGCCAAGUAAGCUUCCAAAUAAAAUCAUGGCAGUAUUACGUAACCUAGGUUCUACACCUAAAUGUGGUGCUUUGUUCGCGAUUGCUAGCCACCAGAAGAAGGAUUUGCCUGUGUACGGAAGCUUUACUGUCGUUUGAGUCAAAAACAUACAACAAAAUGAACCCAGCAGCUGUUUUAGAUAAGACUAUCAAACAAAAAAUGACGCAGCACGAGUCCACGCUUCAAUGCGGUCAAUGCGGCUGGCCAACUCUUCUCUCUUGAGCUAGGUUCAAGCACCAGGCAAACACCCCUGCCCCCAUAGAAGCCACCCCUGAAUCCCAGUUGGGAACCAUACACAAGUUAGUGGGUUAGUUUUGUCAAUAACCGCCGGUGGUGACAUUAGUCAGCCGGUUGAUGAGAUGUCAAGAUAAGCGGAUUCCACUCUUCACUUAUCUCAUUUUUUGUUUUUUUUUCGAAAAUCCAUCCCAGAAACAUGCGACACAAGGCGGGGCAACGUUUGCUUUUACUGGCUAGCGUGUCAUUUUGUUCAUCCUUCAACAACUAAAUACAUGACGUCCCAACCCUCCCGACCCUCACCUUUGGUCACAAGCUUUGGGUCGUGGUCACCGUGACCAAAAGGACUAGAUCGUGGGCACAAGUGGCCAAAAUGGGUUUACUCUGUAUAACGUGAGAAGCACUGCUCCUCUGGUCGUUCAGCCAUUUGGUUAGGAUGCCUCCCUGGGGAGGGCACGUCCAAACGGGAGGAGUCCUUGGGGAAAACCUCGAACCCGUUGGAGAGGCUAUAUCUGUCAACUGGUCAGCUGGCCUGGGAACGCCUCAGGAGGUGGAUGAAGCAGCCGAGGAGAGGGAAGCUUCUCGUCUUAGACUGCUGCCAUCACAACCCCAUGUCAGAUGAGAGGGAGAAGACGGAUGGAUGGAUGGAUGGAUGGAUGGGUGGGUGGAUGGAUGGGUGGAUGGAAGAACGAAUGGAUGGAUAGAUGGAUGGAUGGGUGGAUGGUGGAAGAAUCAAUGGAUGUAUGGAUGGAUGGAUGGAUGGAAGGGUGGAUGGAUGGAUGGAAGAAUGAAUGUGAAUGAAUGGAUGGAUGGAUGGAUAGAUGGAUGGAUGCAUGGAUGGAUGAUGGAUGGAUGGAUGGAUGUAUGGAUGGAUGGAAGAAUGGAUGGAUGGAUGGAUGGAUGGAAGAAUGAAUGUGAAUGAAUGGAUGGAUGGAUGGAUGGAUGGAUGGAUGGAUAGAUUGAUGGAUGCAUGGAUGGAUGAUGGAUGGAUGGAUGGAAGAAUGGAUGAAUGGAUGGAUGAUGGAUGGAUGUCGUCUUUCUGUUGACGUUGAAGUUAUUCUUUCCAUAUUAAAGUCCACUUGAUCAGACUGUGGGUAGCUCAGGGAACAAACUGAACUCAAGUAGAUUGUACCAUAAAAUAGUGACUGGUGUAAUUGUUUCUUUUCCCCCGAUGCAAAAUGGUCUCCUGCGGCAAACCUGAAGCAAACCUCACUUCUCCUCCCAUACGUAUAUGAUUUUGUAAAUAAAAUGCGGUGUAAGCUACGAUCAGAUGGCCAUCGCUGAUUGAUAUAUGCAAAACAAUACACACAAAAAUGUUCCUUUUAAGUAAGCUUUUGAAAAUGGCUUGUAAAGUGGGGAUUCUUGUUCUAAUAGAAAUCUUUAUUUUGAUGAGAAAAAGAGUUAAAAUAUGUUUUAUUUGAAAAGGUGACGUAUGCGGAGCCUGAGCAAGCUGGUGCUAAUCAACACAGCCGACUGUGCGUCUCGAUUUUUCUAUGAAACUGUUUAUAGUGUAUGAAUAGAAUGCGGAGAGUGUGUGUAUUUUUGGAGAUGUCCAGUAUUUAUACCCAUGUUUUUGUACUGUCAAGAGUAUCGUGUCAUGUUUCACCUCUCUCCUUAAAACGGUUACCAACAGUGUUACUUUGGUAAAUACUAUUAAUUAUUAUAAUUAUUCCUGCGUGCAAUCUUGUCUGUUACACUAAUGCUCUAUUUUAUGUAACCAUUUCUUAAAUAAAAAUGAGAAAUAUUUCCUGUUUA